AUUGCACCUAACAGAAGAGGAGGAUAGAAACAAAGAUCCACCGGUUGCGUAAAGACUAUAGACUAGAGAGAGCAUUGGUUGCGUUGUGUGACUUGUGUCCUCAUCCAAAAUCUCUAUCUUUGCUUUUGGUUUUGGUUUUGGUUUUGGUUUAACAGAGAAGAGAAUCUCAAAAUCUAUGGAGCAGUUCAAAGGGCAGUCUCGCCUCCCCAAAUUCGCUGUUCCGAAACGCUACGACAUACGCCUCAAACCAGACCUCACCGCCUGCAACUUCGCCGGCUCCGUCGCCAUCCACCUCCACAUCGUCGCCGAUACCACCUUCAUCGUCCUCAAUGCCGCCGAUCUCUCCGUCCAUUCUGCCUCCCUUUCCUUCGACUCUUCUUCUUCUUCUUCUAAGGUUUUGGAGCCUUCAAAAAUUGAAUUGGUUGAAGCGGAUGAGAUUUUGGUUCUGGAAUUCCCUCACCCGCUUCCCCUUGGAAUCGGAGUUCUCAAUAUCGCUUUUCAAGGAACUUUGAACGAUAAAAUGAAGGGCUUCUAUAGAAGUACAUAUGAGCAUAAUGGUGAGAAAAAGAAUAUGGCAGUUACGCAGUUUGAACCAGCUGAUGCUAGGCGAUGCUUUCCAUGUUGGGAUGAACCUGCCUGCAAGGCUACAUUCAAAAUCACACUGGAUGUGCCAUCUGAACUAAUAGCUCUUUCCAACAUGCCAAUCAUUGAAGAAAAAGUGGAUGGGCAUCUGAAGACAGUUUCAUAUCAAGAAUCACCAAUAAUGUCUACAUAUUUGGUGGCAGUUGUUGUUGGAUUGUUUGAUUAUGUGGAAGAUCACACAUCUGAUGGUACACUUCAUCUGCUAUUUUCAUUGCGUCUUGUGAGAUUACAGCUUUUUUUUGUUGACAUUGUAAUCUUACAUCUCCAUAUAGGGAUCAAAGUUCGAGUAUAUUGUCAGGUAGGUAAGGCAGAUCAAGGGAAAUUUGCGUUGGAUGUUGCUGUGAAGACACUUGGAUUAUACAAAGAAUACUUUGCAGUGCCUUACUCUCUUCCCAAAUUGGAUAUGAUUGCAAUCCCUGAUUUUGCUGCUGGGGCCAUGGAGAAUUAUGGUUUAGUUACAUACCGGGAAACAGCUUUGCUCUACGACGAACGGCAUUCUGCAGCUGCCAAUAAGCAGAGGGUUGCGACUGUCGUAGCCCAUGAAUUGGCACACCAGUGGUUUGGCAAUCUUGUAACAAUGGAAUGGUGGACUCAUUUAUGGCUGAAUGAGGGGUUCGCAACAUGGGUUAGCUAUUUAGCAACUGAUAGCUUGUUUCCAGAAUGGAAAAUAUGGACUCAGUUUCUUGAUGAAUCCACAGAGGGUCUGAGGCUGGAUGGGCUUGCAGAGUCACACCCCAUUGAGGUGGAGAUAAAUCAUGCUAGUGAGAUCGAUGAAAUUUUUGAUGCCAUAAGUUAUAGAAAAGGUGCAUCUGUUAUCCGGAUGCUGCAAAGCUAUCUUGGUGCUGAAUGCUUUCAGAGGUCACUUGCUUCAUAUAUAAAAAAACAUGCUUGCUCAAAUGCCAAGACAGAAGACUUAUGGGCUGCUCUUGAGGAGGGAUCUGGUGAGCCUGUGAACAAACUAAUGAAUUCGUGGACAAAGCAAAAGGGAUACCCAGUUGUCUCUGUGGAAAUCAAAGAUCAGACAUUGGUGUUUGAGCAGUCGCAAUUUUUGUCAAGUGGUUCCCAUGGGGAUGGGCAAUGGAUUGUCCCUAUAACAUUAUGCUGUGGCUCAUAUGAUACAUGCAAGAAUUUUCUACUGCAGACAAAAUCUGAAACUCUUAAUAUCAAGGAAUUACUGAGUGAUAAAAGCAAUUCAGCAUCUGCUUGGAUAAAACUUAAUGUUGAUCAGGCUGGUUUCUAUAGGGUGAAAUAUGAUGAGGACCUUGCAGCUAGACUUAGAUAUGCAAUAGAGAACAAUUACUUAUCUGCAACAGACAGAUUUGGCAUUCUGGAUGAUUCAUUUGCCCUUUGUAUGGCUCGCCAGCAGUCUUUGACCUCAUUGCUAACCUUGAUGGGUGCUUACCGGGAGGAAGUUGAAUAUACCGUGCUGUCUAAUUUGAUUAGUAUAAGUUAUAAAAUUGUAAGAAUUGCAGCUGAUGCAACCCCUGAUUUAGUGGAUUACGUUAAACAAUUUUUCAUUAGCCUUUUCCAGUGUUCUGCUGAGAAGCUUGGUUGGGACCCUAAGACAGGUGAGAGCCAUCUAGAUGCAAUGUUGAGAGGAGAGGUUUUGAAUGCCCUUGCUUUGUUUGGACAUGAUCUGACACUAAAUGAAGCAAGCAGGCGUUUUCAUGCAUUCUUGGAUGACAAAAACACUCCACUCCUCCCUCCUGACACAAGAAAGGCAGCAUAUGUGGCUGUAAUGCGGAGGGUCAGCAACUCAAACAAAUUGGCUUUUGAAUCUCUUCUGAGAUUGUACAAAGAAACUGAUUUAAGCCAGGAGAAAACACGCAUCCUAAGUUCAUUAGCAUCUUCUCCAGACCCCAACAUAAUUCUUGAAGUUCUAAACUUUUUAUUGUCUUCUGAGGUUCGUAGCCAAGAUGCUGUUUUUGGACUUGCUAUAAGUAUGGAAGGACGUGAAACAGCUUGGACAUGGCUGAAGGAUAACUGGGAGCAUAUAUCAAAAACCUGGGGUUCCGGAUUUCUAAUAACUCGCUUUGUCAGUGCAAUUGCCUCUCCGUUUGCGUCAUUCGAGAAGGCCAAGGAAAUAGAGGAGUAUUUUGCAAGCCGCAGUAUGCCCUCUAUCACAAGAACUUUGAAACAGAGCAUUGAACGAAUUCACAUCAAUGCAAAUUGGGUUCAGAGUGUUCAAAAUGAGAAACAUCUUGCCGAGGCCGUGAAGGAGUUGGCACACAGGAAGUCCUAGGAAACACCUUAUUUGGCCUUGUUGUCAUUUUACAAGAAAGCAAGUGGAUCAAAUUUCCUUUGUUUUCAUAAAUUCAAAUAUGCCCUAACAAGAGAUUCCCGAGCAACAGCACUCUUAAUAAUAUUUUCUGGAGUCCGUUCUUAAUUAGGGUUUUGCCUUUAUUUUUCAUUUUUUCUUCCUGUUGUAUGUUGCGUGUAUGACAGCUGUAUGGAUGAAUUUAUUUUACCCCCUUCCAUAGAAGUUCAAAUUGCAUAUUAUUUCA